UGAAAUAGUGAACGAAUGGACGCAUAGAGUGUUUGUUUCGACAUUUCGCUCAUAUCUCUCACUUGUUUUGAACCAAACAUUAAUCGCUUUAUUCAUACAAACAGUGAGACAGUGAAAGACAACACAUUAGACCAACUCUUCGUCUCAUUAUAACCCUCUCUGCCAUUCAUUGUAGUCAACGACACAACUGUGAAAAUGUCUGCACUUUACCCGUCACUCGAGGACAUGAAAGUGGACCAAAUGAUAAGAGCACAGCAACAACAGCCAUAUGUGGUGCCAUCGGUGGCCUACCCGUCGCCCCCAUCGGCGCCGUACCCAACACUCGGCAACGGAUCUUCGGUGUCAAGUGAUGCCAAAAACGGCGCUUUAUAUCCAGAGCUCAACGACUGGAUGGGACUCUCACUCACAUCACAAGAAGUGGCUGUCCUUCACAACCAAACCAAUGCUGUGUCUGUUCCCCAACACAACGCUAUUUCGGUGUCCAACACAUCAAUGAUUGCUCCCAUUUCUGGCACUUCUGUGGGACUCUUGAGAGCCAAUGUGACGCAUGGUAUCAGAGAAGUGGUCGUUUGCAAAGACAAAGACUCCAGAGUCGGCCUCCGAGUCAAAAACAUCAAUAAGGGCGUAUUUGUGGUGUUUGUCCAAAACGGUUCUCCCGCAGCAAUGGUUGGACUCAGAUUUGGUGAUCAGAUCUUGCAGUUGAACGGCGAAAACGUGGCCGGAUUUACCACCGAUAAGGUGCACGACAUCAUCAAGAAGUCGGCCGUCAAUGACAUACAUCUGGUGGUGAGA